GACAUAAUAAUUAGUUUCACUUGACCUAAAGAUGGCAGACUCCAGUGAGAAAAUAAAUGUAAGAGAAUUUCUAUCAAAAUGGGACAACGAUGUCUAUUUAGCAUGUGCUGAAGAGACAAAAGCAGAUAGAGAGACUCUAACAAAGAAACUGAAGAUGAGUUCCGAAAAUGUUAAAGAGCUUGAAAACGUUUGCAGUUUAGACCUACUUGAACCUGAAGGUGAAGAAAGAUUAAUCUAUGACAGAUGGGAGUAUCUAGAAAAGAUUCCUGAUGAUGCAAAAUUAAUGUGUGUCAGGUUUCAGAAACAAGAAUUAGAGAAAAGAAAGCGGAAUGUUAAUUUCCUGAAUGCCACAUAUAGAAAGUUCAAAUACAGACGGACAGAUGAACAUUUGACUUACGACCCUGGAUUAGAUCCGAAGAAACAUAAAGAUGUACCUGAUGAUUGUAAAGUUCUAUAUCCUGAUGUUGUUCUCACUGUACAUGUCUACAGACCGUACAAAGUAAAAAUGGCGAUGAAAUAUUAUCAUGAGCAUGGAAAACAUGAAAUUCCACUUUUGUCAAACACAUUACUGGUUCUUGGCCGUCAGAAGUUAACAGAUCUUAGAGAUAUGAUUAGAUGUGUAUAUGACCUCACAGUUGCUGGGGAUCUGAGUGAGAACCCCGACUUAGACAGUCAAGUUUACACUAAGGAUGUGUUCAAAUCUGGCUUUUUCUUUAUCAAUGAUACAUUUUACAAUGACAUGAGAGAAGAUGAUUCCAGGGAUUAUAGCAAAGAGAUCCGGGAGUGGUUUGGAGAGAAGAAUAAAAGCAAGAUUUUUGACACAAAGAAGAUGGAGGACACAACAUUCCUUGACCUUACUAUUAAACUAGGGAAGCCGUAUCUGUACAUGCACCAGGGAGACUGUCAGCAUCUGCUCAUUUUUACAGAUGUAAGACUGUUAACAUAUGAGGAUCCCCAGGAUAUACGGAUGUAUCCUUACAUGGUUGGUAAAUGUAAUCGACAGAGAACAUUGUGCCGUGUUUGCAACAAUCAAGCAGCCAGAUGGAUAACCUAUGGAAAUAAGUUUACACCAGAAGACCCCUGUUUUUUCUGCGAAAAUUGUUUCCGGUGCCUGAAUUACGAUUCCAAAGAUAAAAAGAUUGGACAGUUUGAAGCUUACAGAUAUUUUGAUCAUCAUGCUAUAGUAUGAAUAGUACAGAUUGAUUCAGCUGUCUGUCUGUUUGUCUAUCUGUCUGUCCGUCUGUAAUAAUUGGAAUGAAGUGAAGUUAACAGAAUAGAAAAAAAUGAUGGAUCUUCACAAUUCCUCUGCUGAGCAGAAUCAGUAAAAGGGAGGCUGUAAAUGACUAGUAUACUUCUAACAUUGUUUAUAUUACAAUUCAUAAUAAACGUUAGGAGAGUGGAUUGUUUUUUAUGGACAUUUAAAAUGCAAAGAGUGGCUUACUUAAGGAGAUUUAUGUGAAAUAUUCUCUCAGUGAGAAAGAAAAAAAGAAAGGAGUAUUUUUUCUUAUAGUUUACAUCAAGUUUGUGAAAUGCUAUGGAGAACUUGGCAGAGUUGUUUAAGUGUACUAUUGCCUGUUCUUUUCAUCUUUAACAUUAAUUCCAACCAUGGACUUUGGAUUCUUCCAUAUGAAGAAGCUAUCUAGUCAGUUUAUGGGAAUGUUGAUAAUCAACUGUAUAAAUAAGAGGUCUUCCUCAACUAAUAAAGCUGGAAAAUCCUAAAUGACCUUUUAAGUGUCAGCUUCACUUUAUACCAAACCAUUGAAAGGAUUUUGUGAUAUCCCUAUGAUCUACCUUUACCCCUGUAUGUUUGUGUGUUGGACUUGUCUGACUUUUUAGUUGGGAUCAGUUCAUUGUUAAUAUAAGGGUUUUUCAUAUCAAUGUUAUCAAGUAAAUCAUUCAGUAGUAGUUAUUUGUAUUUUUUACUAUUUUAGUUGAUGCGAUAUGUUGUAUAUAUUCUGAUAAACAAUGAAAAGAAGAAAAAAAAAUAGACAUAAAAA